ACGAAGCUUGUUAAUCUGUUUAGUUAAGAUAAACUACUAGAAUUUAAAAAGCAGUUGUCAAUGCACAGCUCGCCCAGUCAGCAUGGUCUCAAUGGGAAGAAUACUAAAAUUGAAUUAGUUAUCAUUUAGGCAUCUAUGGUGGUGACUGCCUUUCUUAUUUUGUUUUUAGGUUUCGCAAUAUUCCGCUUCACCGAAACUAAUGAUGUGGAAGCAGUCCCUUCGUCAUGGGUGUGCGGCCAUACGUGCUUGUGGCCAGUGGCCUACACGCCUGCCCGCCUCACAAAGGCUAUAUCGCAUUGUGAACUCCCUAGUGCCUCAUUUUCGAAGCACCGGGUGGUCGUCAUAGCUACAGCAAGUACAUACCUGCAUGCAAAAGCAGAGGCACGGGAGGCAGAAGAUACGGACAACGAUACGGGCAGAGGCAAACGUCGCCGCCGAAAUGGCCAUGAAUUGCCAGACGAACCAGAUCUAAGGAGCUCCCCAUCUCCAUCCAGCAGCACGGAGUUGGAACCAGGCCUUCAUGCAAGUGCACUUGGGACACCAUCACGUUUCGUCAGCGAUGAUAGUAAGAGGGCUGGCUAAGCUGUGUGGCCCACCCAAGAACCAGAAAGUGUCUUCCAUUUUGUUAUCCAGCGACAUUUUUUUUUAACAGCCACCAGAGCUUAAGGGGUCAUGGUCGACACUUGGUGGGAAUGUCCCUUAAAUCUAAGUAACUCAUCAGACAUUUUUUAAAAAUAAUAUUGGUUCUUCUGCAUGGAUGUUGGUGUGCUGCCUCCUGCUGUACUACAGAAUGCUGAUAAACAAAGGUCAAGAUCCAUUGGCUGCAAUGCUGACUUUUUGAUGAGACUAGCACCAUACACAAAAUUGGCAGAGUUUUUCACUUGGCUUUCCACACCCCCGUGCAUAAAAAAGCUAUUGAUAUUCUCGUGCUUUCACAAAUGUACUGUUACUUUUAUACUUAUUAGUACAUUGAAAUAGCAGUGUUCUUGUUAAAUUCUUUGUAAUUUUAACAUUAUAUGUGUUUUAUUGUGUCUAGUGUAUUCCUUUACAGGAAAAAGUUGCGCUAAUAAAGAAAGGACACCACAAAGAAGGAACACUUAAACAGGUCGAGCGCAAACUACCAACUGUUUUAUUGACUGUAGAUCGUCGGUUAAAUAGGGAAACCGAACAUAGCUGCGCUGACGCGCCAAGGAACCUCACAUGCUAGCGCACCUUAUUCAUCAUAAAGGACACUUUUGCACCGUAGAGCGAUAUCGAGACCUCACUUACACAGCUGUCACUCUUCAUGUUAAUGAAGAACGCUUCCAAAACCUCACAAGCACACGUGUUUCUGCUAUGACCCAGUAUCUUAGCAGAAACACGUGUGCUCGUGAGGUUUAGGAAGCAUUCUUCAUUAACAUGAAGAGUGACAGCUGUGUAAGUGAGGUCUCGAUAUCGCUCUACGGUGCAGAAGUGUUCUUUUUUGAUGAAUAAGGUGCGUGAUGUUCCUUGGUGCAUCUGCGCAGCUUUGUUCGGUUUCCCUAUUUAACCGAUGAUCUACAGUUAAUAAAACAGUUGGUAGUUUGUGCUCGACCUGUUUAGGUGUUCCUUCUUUGUGGUGUCUUUUCUUAAUUAGCGCAAUUUUUUCCUGUAAAGAAUGAACCAACUAGCCCCUCCAGAUGUCCUGAGUGUAUUCCUAGUCACAAGUUUAAUACUGGUAUAAAUAAAACUCAUCAUAUGCCUUCAGGGUGCCAAAAAGCAAGCGGGACUAUGCACGGCCUUAAAUUGUAGUGUCAUUUGACGUCAUGGAAACGCUUACUGGAUCUGCGGGUGUGUAUAUUUGUGUGAGUUGGGAUCCACAUUCUUUAAAGAGAGGCUUCUGUUCUACUGAACAGCUUUGGAAGGAACUUAUUGUGCAAAGAACCUUGGCUCUUUACAUAUCAAUUGGUUGGGAGGAGCCUGUCUGUGUCACUUUGUUUAAAGUGUGCAUGAGCGUGGAAAGUAGCAACCGUGGCAAUAACCCUCUCAGUGUUGUAGUGCUUUGAUAAAGUGCUCACAAAGCAUCUUUGCAGUGCAGUGUGUGUCAGGGGCGUAGCCAAGGGGGGGGUUGGGGGGGUUCAAACCCCCCCCCCGAAAUCUUUCAGUUUUGCUUGCGUAUAUAGGCACGCACACAUACAAACGCACGCAUGAACAUACAUAAAGUAUGGUUGAACCCCCCCCCCCC